GGUUUCCGCCUGCGGUUGAGCAGUGCCGCUUGUAUGGAUGGAAUCCCACGCUCUUCUCGCCACAAUGCCACGACCAGUCUGCCCGCCCGCCUCUGGAAUUGCUUUCCCGCCGACCUCCUGAAACGGCGGUCGCAUUUCGCCUCCUUCCCGAGUCCUGGCGACAGUUAGCAGGCGACAGCACGGGCAGUGAGAGACGACACGCGAGGCAGCAGGCACGGGCGCAAGCCACGUCCUGUACGGAGCACGCGCUGGCCGUUGGCCGUCCGCCAUUCGUCGUUCGCCACAUGUCAUUCGUCACCAACCUUUGACGCCCACGGCCAGCCGUCCUUGCUGUUGAGUUUCUUCGCCGCUGCCCUGCUGACUGCCUGCGGGACUCUGGCCACAGCGUCGGUGAGACGACGCUACUAGGGCGAAAGCACGGUGCGAAACACUAGUACCGGGAGCCGGCUGCGCUCCCCUCCCCCUCCACCCCCCUUUGGCUCCGCCCUCCGCCCUCCGCCCUCCGCCAUCCGUCAUCCGCCCUCGACCCAUCCAUGUCUCUCUGCGUCGCGCCCCCUCCAACUGCGACUCUGCUGUCUCGCACCUCUCGCUUACCACUUCGCCACUCUUCGCCACGACAGCUUCAGCAGUUUGACUGCGCGCGUGGCGCAACUCGUCCGCCCUCCGCAUGGGUGCGCCAGCCGCAGCUCUGGGCGCCGCUGCAGCGGCUUCCCGGGCAUGGCAGAGGCGAGGGGGAGGGGGAGAGUGUGUGGACACGGGGGAGGAGAAGCAUUGGGGGAACGAGGGGGGGAGUGGCGCGGGCAAGCAGUGGCGGAGGGGAAGAGAAGGGCGCAGUUGGGGUGGCGGAUGAGGGGGAGCGAAUGAGCACCACUCAGCGCAUCAUGUCAUCGCUGCCAGCGGGGCAGCAGGCGGGGGGCGCGGGGGGGCAGGUGUCGUAUGCUGACCUGCAGAGGGCCGAUGCCGCCUGGCGUGCACUGCGCACCACACCGCCUGGUGCGCCCACAGCUCCCGCGCCUCAAGUCGUCAAGCGCAAGCCGGGCUCCUGCCUCUCCGCCGCACCUUCCAGGGAAGCCGGGAGCACAGGCAGCAGCGACAGUGGUGGCGCAGGAGGGAAGGGGGCGGUGGAUGUGGACGUGGCGGUGUGUGGGGGCACGCUGGGCGUGUUCGUGGCCACCAGCCUGGCGCUGAGGGGGAAGAGAGUGGCCAUCGUGGAGCGAGGGGCACUCAGAGGGCGUGCGCAGGAGUGGAACGUGUCGCGGCGGGAGGUGCAGGAGCUGGUGGCGCUGGGCGUGCUGACGGCGGGCGAGGUGGAGGACGCCAUCGCCGUGGCCUUCAACCCGUGCCGCUGUGGCUUUGCAGGAGGCGAGGACAUCUGGGUGUCGGACAUCCUCAACCUCGGCGUUUCCCCAGCGCGCCUGGUGGAGGCAGCGAAGCAGCGCUUUGUGUCGCUGGGAGGGGUGCUCCUGGAGGGGGUGGCGCUGGCGUCCAUCCAUGUGCACGACGACGCCGCGGUGCUCUCCUUUGAGGACCCGUCCCGCCCGCCCCUCACCACCCGCCUCGUGGUGGACGCCAUGGGGCAUGCCUCGCCCAUCGUCCGCCAGGUGCGGUGGGGCCAGAAGCCAGACGGCAUCUGCCUGGUGGUGGGCACGUGUGCGCGCGGCUUCCCCCCCGAGGCCAACAGCACGGGGGACAUCAUCUGCACCACUGGCCCCACCAUCACCAUCGGCCAGUCGCCGCUGCAGCUCUUCUGGGAGGCGUUCCCAUCGGGGUCGGGCCCCAGUGACCGCACGACGUACAUGUUCUCAUACAUGGACGCCCAACCCGAGAGGCCGUCGCUGGAAGCCAUGCUGGAGCUCUACUGGCGGCUCAUGCCACAGUACCAGGGCAUUGACUCCAUUGACUCGGUGGCAGUCCAGCGGGUGCUCUUCGGCUUCUUCCCCACCUUCCGUGACAGCCCUCUCCGCCCCGCCUUUGAUCGCGUCAUCCAGGUGGGCGAUGCCAGCGGCAUCCAGUCACCGCUGUCCUUCGGUGGUUUUGGAGCCAUCACCCGCCACCUGCCGCGCAUCACAGAUGGUCUGGUGGACGCCUUGGAUGGCGACCUGCUCUCUCGCAAUGCACUUGCAUGCAUCAACCCGUACCAGCCGAACCUGAGCGGGGCGUGGCUGCUGCAGCGCGCCAUGUCAGCGCGGGUGGGGUCGUCCCCCCCGCCUGACUUCAUCAACAACCUGCUCGCCACCAAUUUCGCUUGCAUGCAGAAACUAGGCGAUCCGGUCCUGCGCCCCUUCCUCCAGGACGUGACGCAGUUCGCCCCUCUGGCGCUCACCAUGGGCUCCAUGGUCGUCUCGCGCCCCUCUCUGCUGCCCACCAUCUUCUUGCAGGUGGGCCCCAUCCCGCUGCUGGACUGGCUGCUGCACUUCACCACCCUCGCUGCCUUCUCAGCACUGCACCAACUCGCCUCCGCCCUCUCCCUCAGCGAGGCCGUCGCCUCUCUGCCGCCCCGCCAGCGCUUCUUCUGGCGCCGCCGGCUGGAGGCAUGGGAGUUCGGAUCGGGGCUGGACUACAAGCUCUAGUGAAUUCUGGUCCGGAACCAGGUUGUACAAGACAGACAACUUAUACUUUUCAACCAGAAUGCAUAUUUUUUUAUUCAAAAUCUAGACAUUUCCAACCUCAAAUAAACAGGGGUUGCUCAU